UCAAAACGACGAAUGUAACAAUUAGAGAUUCUCUUUGUUUACUUUAUCUUUGGAUUAUUACGGUACUCUUAGCAAUCCUUCACUCCAAUUAUUUACCGAUAAUAAUAACUAAAGCUAUCAUCUUUGAAUCUGCACUGAAAAAAUGACCGAAUGCAGGAAUGUUUAGUAAUAAUCGAAAGAGAAAGUAAACAAAGAGAAUCUCUCAUGUUACAUUAGUCGUUUUCAACAUUUUAUACAGAACUGUUCAAAUAAAUAAACUAAAACGGGUUGCUGGAGAUACGUUUGUUCCAGUUUUAGUUCUAUUAUAGAUCGCCGAUAUAAAACUUCCAGCUGCUGAACCGUUCUUAGUAUUUUGCAGUUAGUAUUUUAAAAAAUGCACAACCAAGACAUAUUAAUUGCAAAAUAUACCGAACAUCGAAAAGUUCACGAGCGCUUUCUACUACUAUUUGAUAAUUUACAGAGAACAGCUGCAGAAAUGCAAGUUCUUGCAUCAGAUGUCACACGAUAUUACGAUGAUAUUUCUAUACAACUUAAGAAAAUGUGCAAUCAAGCAUAUUCGUCUCCGCCAUCAAACAAACGUAAGAAAGCUCGAUCAUUCGAUUCACCGUUCACCGGUACGCCGUACGAAGAUUGUUCUUCAGGUCGUAAUAAAUCAGAUCCCGAGAUGUCCAGCUCUGUGCUGAAUCAGAACAUAAACCUACCAGAUUCAGAUGAUUCAUUUCUUGCCUUGUCGCAAAGCCCAUCGAGAGUACCUUUGUCUCCGAAGCAGAAAGAUAAUGUUCAACACACUCCUCCAAAAAAGAACUGGUUCAAAACCGAGCUCUGUCAAGGUAUUUUUUCAAAAGAUGACAAAAAAGUGCUGCAUUCUGAUUCCAAAAGCAAGAAAAAGCACAACUUGUCCUUGAUCCGAUUUUCUUCUACAAUCCAAUCGUCUCCUGAGUCGUUAAGGCAAAUUGAACAUCUACCGAGGCGUCAGAAAAUGGUCACAACAAAACCAGUGGCUAUAGCUCAGCUAGAAAAUUUGAUUCCACCCGGUAAAUGGACAGCGAAAAAGUCUACACCCGGAAGUGUUAGGAAGAUGGGAUCCAGUGUACGUAAAACGCCAAUCAGCACCGAAAACGAUACUUUGUUGAACAGAACAAGAUUUCGCCAAACAAGGUUGCGUUUUCCAGAUAACUUGAGCAAAUCGACUGAUUCGGACGAUUUCGUUAUUCCAAGUCCUGCUCCGCUCGGCGCUUCCCGCUUUCUUAAGAGUGCGAAAAAAAAAGGAGAAUCUUCCGUUGUUGAGAAGCAAUCAAAUGAAUCACGAGAAGACGAUUUCGAUAUUGAUCAGACCUAUUUCUCGGAAGUAGAAAAAGACCUGAUUCGUCAAACGGAAAAAAGUUCUUCAACAGAAUUUAUUGUCAAAAAGGAACUUUCGCAGCUGAAAACGUCAUCCACAAAUAAAAAAUUAAUUAUUUUAGCGAAAGAAACCCAAGCCCAGGAAGAUUCGGACACGGACAGCAUUCUGUUUGUUAAACCGCCAGCUGAUGAAAUAAUUGUCAUUGACGCAACACAACCAAACAAAAAUGACUUAUUCAUGGAUGCUAUUCGGGAGCAAGGUAUCAAAGAAAUAAAAACCACAAAUUCGCUCUUAUCCAAUGUUGACACUAUGAAGGAAGUACCCGGAGCACCACCAGUUGGAUCAACGCUUUCCGAUCUACGGCGUUGUGCAGAAUGCGCAAAAUACUACCAGUUUUUGGUUGACUGCGAUCUACCAGAAAACGUAAUUCGCUCGAAAAUGACCAGAAACUGCCGAGGAUGCCGGGACGCGCAAUUACAUGAGACACCUGCCGGUUUCUGGAAUCCGGAGUUCUCACUGUCACCUUGAAUGAUAACACGAAAAGAAAGGUGCCUUUUGAUAACCGUGAGUGCCAUUAUACAUAUAUUUUAGGAAAAGAAAUUGUGUUAAACUGUU